UUCCAGGGAAAAGCAAGAGUGUCCUUCGGAGCCUGGGGCCGCGGCUGCCGAGCUGGGCGAAAGACCCGGUGUGCCCCUUUCCCCUCGAGGUGAGGGCGCUCCCUCCCGCGACGCCUGCGGGUCCCGCUCGCUGCGCGGCUGGGACGGGAUAAGAGGAAGUCCCGGGGACCUGGCGAGAGCCCUCAGACCGGCCCUGGGCUGGAAGAUCCCGGAAGAAGCCGGUAGGGGAAGAGGGGCGCCGCAGGAGCUCUGGGGCCCCAAGAACAUGGACACUCUCAAUAGGAACCAGGUGGGCCCUGGAUGUAAGACCCCGGCCCUGGUGCAGAAAGGACCCUUGGACCUGAUCGAAACAGGCAAAGGGCUGAAAGUGCAGACGGACAAACCCCAUCUGGUGAGCCUGGGCAGCGGGCGGCUCAGCACAGCCAUCACCCUUCUGCCGCUGGAAGAAGGGAGGACCGUGAUUGGCUCUGCGGCCAGGGACAUCUCACUGCAGGGUCCAGGCCUGGCUCCAGAGCACUGCUACAUCGAGAACCUGCGGGGCACCCUCACCCUCUACCCCUGCGGCAAUGCCUGCACUAUUGAUGGGCUCCCGGUCCGGCAGCCCACUCGGCUCACUCAGGGCUGCAUGUUGUGCCUGGGUCAGUCCACCUUCCUCCGCUUUAACCACCCAGCUGAAGCCAAGUGGAUGAAGAGCAUGAUCCCGGCAGGGGGCCGGGCCCCUGGCCCCCACUACGGUCCUGGCCCAGAAUCCGAAAGCCUGGUGAACGGGAACCACACCCCUCAGCCUGCAACCCGGGGACCCUCUGCCUGUGGCAGCCACAGUUCCCUGGUGAGCUCUAUUGAGAAGGACCUGCAGGAAAUCAUGGACUCACUGGUGCUAGAGGAGCCUGGAGCUGCUGGCAAGAAGCCUGCCGCCACAUCCCCACUGUCACCAAUGGCCAAUGGCGGGCGCUACCUGCUGUCCCCCCCAACCAGCCCCGGCGCCAUGUCUGUGGGCUCCAGCUAUGAGAACACCUCUCCGGCCUUCUCUCCACUCUCCUCGCCAGCCAGCAGUGGGAGCUGUGCCAGCCACUCACCCAGCGGGCAGGAACCAGCACCUUCCCUGCCCCCCCUGGUGCCCGCCCGGUCCUCCAGCUACCAUCUGGCCCUGCAGCCCCCACAGUCCCGACCGAGCGGCGCUCGCCCCUCUGAGAGCCCCCGGCUGGGCAGGAAGGGGGGUCACGAGAGGCCUCCCAGCCCUGGUCUCCGAGGUCUGCUGACAGACAGCCCUGCAGCUACUGUCCUGGCCGAGGCCCGCAGAGCCACCGAGAGCCCCCGGCCGGGUGGGCAGCUGCCUGUGGUGGCGAUCAGCCUUAGUGAAUACCCUGCUUCCAGUGCCCGGGGCCCACCCACCAGCAUUCCCAGCAGCCCCAAGUUCCAGCCGCCAGUCCCUGCACCCCGAAAUAAGAUUGGCACGCUCCAGGACCGCCCUCCCAGCCCUUUCCGGGAGCCGCCAGGCGCUGAGCGGGUGCUGACCACCAGCCCCUCACGCCAGCUGGUGGGCCGAACAUUUUCAGAUGGCUCAGCCACCCGCACCCUACAGCCUCCAGAGAGCCCCCGCCUUGGCCGGCGGGGCCUGGACAGCAUGAGAGAACUGCCUCCCUUGAGCCCAUCUCUGUCCCGCAGGGCUCUCUCCCCCAUGCCCGCCCGGACCGCCCCAGAUCCCAAACUAACCAGGGAUGUGGCAGAGAGCCCCCGCUCCCGGCGCUGGGCAGCCCACGGGGCUUCACCGGAGGACUUCUCCCUGACACUGGGGGCCCGGGGCCGUAGGACACGGAGCCCCUCGCCCACACUCGGGGAGUCCCUAGCACCCCGCAAGGGCAGCUUCAGCGGCAGACUGAGCCCAGCUUACAGUCUGGGCUCCUUGACAGGGGCUUCACCCCGCCAGAGCCCCCGCGCCCAGAGGAAGCUCUCCAGCGGGGACCUGCGGGUGCCCAUCACCCGGGAGCGGAAAAACAGCAUCACGGAGAUCAGUGACAAUGAGGAUGACCUCCUGGAGUACCACCGGCGGCAGCGCCAAGAGCGGCUUCGGGAGCAGGAGAUGGAGAGGCUGGAACGCCAGCGCCUGGAGACCAUCCUGAACCUGUGCGCCGAGUACAGCCGGGCAGAUGGGGAACCCGAGGCCGGGGAGCUGCCCAGCAUAGGGGAGGCAGCCGCAGCCUUGGCCCUGGCCGGCCGGAGGCCCUCACGAGGCCUCGCGGUGGGCCCUGGGGCCCCGGGCCGCAGCAGUGAGGAGCCUGGAGGUGCCGCCCAGCGCCUGUGGGAGAGUGUGGAGCGCUCGGACGAGGAGAAUCUCAAGGAGGAAUGCAGUAGCACUGAGAGCACCCAGCAGGAGCACGAGGAUGCCCCCGGCGCCAAGCUCCAGGGAGAGGUGCUGGCCCUGGAAGAGGAGCGGGCUCAGGUGCUGGGGCGAGUAGAGCAGCUCAAAGUCCGGGUGAAGGAGCUGGAACAGCAGCUGCAGGAGUCGGCCCGAGAGGCUGAAAUGGAGCGGGCGCUGCUGCAGGGGGAGAGGGAGGCUGAGCGGGCACUGCUGCAGAAAGAGCAGAAGGCGGUGGACCAGCUACAGGAGAAGCUGAUGACCUUGGAGACGAGCAUCCAGAAGGAGAGGGACAAGGAGAGGGCGGAGCUGGCCGCGGGACGGAGGCACCUGGAGGCCCGCCAGGCGCUCUACGCCGAGCUCCAGACGCAGCUCGAUAACUGCCCCGAGUCUGUGCGGGAACAGUUACAGGAGCAGCUGAGAAGGGAGGCCGAGGCCCUGGAGACAGAGACGAAGCUCUUCGAGGACUUGGAGUUCCAGCAGCUGGAGCGGGAGAGCCGUGUGGAGGAGGAGCGCGAGCUGGCGGGCCAGGGGCUGCUCCGGAGCAAGGCCGAACUGCUCCGCAGCAUCACCAAGAGGAAGGAGCGCCUGGUGGUCCUGGACAGUCAGGCUGGGCAGAUCCGGUCCCAGGCUGUGCAGGAGUCAGAACGCCUUGCCCGGGAUAAGAAUGCCGCCCUGCAGCUGCUGCAGAAGGAGAAGGAGAAACUGGCUAUGCUGGAAAGAAGAUACCACUCGCUCACAGGUGGCCGGCCUUUCCCAAAGACCACGUCCACCCUCAAAGAGGUUUACCGCUCCAAGAUGGAUGGCGAGGCCACCAGCCCCCUGCCACGCACCCGCAGCGGGCCGCUCCCCUCCUCCUCUGGCUCAUCUUCCUCCUCCUCCCAGCUCAGCGUGGCUACCUUGGGCCGCAGCCCCUCACCCAAGAGCACUCUGCUCGCCCAGAACGGCACCAGCAGCCUUCCUCGCAACCUGGCAGCCACCCUGCAGGACAUUGAGACCAAGCGCCAGCUGGCCCUGCAGCAGAAGGGGCAGCAGGUGAUCGAGGAGCAGCGGCGGCGGCUGGCGGAGCUGAAGCAGAAGGCGGCGGCGGAGGCGCAGUGCCAGUGGGACGCCCUGCACGGGGCGGCGCCCUUUCCCACUGGGCCCACGGGCUUCCCCCCGCUCAUGCACCACUCCAUCCUGCAUCACCUGCCGGCCUCGCGCGAGCGAGGCGAGGAGGGUGAGCACGCCUACGACACGCUGAGCCUGGAGAGCUCCGACAGCAUGGAGACCAGCAUCUCCACAGGGGGCAACUCAGUCUGCUCCCCCGACAACAUGUCCAGCGCCAGUGGCCUGGACAUGGGGAAGAUUGAGGAAAUGGAGAAGAUGCUGAAAGAAGCUCACGCAGAGAAGAGCCGGCUGAUGGAGUCGAGGGAAAGGGAGAUGGAGUUGAGGCGGCAGGCCCUGGAGGAGGAGCGGAGGCGGCGGGAGCAGGUUGAACGGAGGCUGCAGAGCGAGAGCGCCCGGAGGCAGCAGCUGGUGGAGAAGGAGGUCAAGAUGCGGGAGAAGCAGUUCUCGCAGGCACGACCCCUGACGCGCUACCUGCCAAUCCGGAAGGAAGACUUUGACCUGAAGACCCACAUCGAGUCAUCAGGCCACGGCGUGGAUACCUGUCUGCACGUGGUGCUCAGCAGCAAGGUCUGCCGUGGCUACUUGGUCAAGAUGGGUGGCAAGAUCAAGUCAUGGAAGAAGCGCUGGUUUGUCUUUGACCGGCUCAAGCGCACCCUUUCCUAUUACGUGGACAAGCACGAGACGAAGCUGAAGGGGGUCAUCUACUUCCAGGCCAUCGAGGAGGUGUACUAUGACCACCUUCGCAGUGCCGCCAAGAGCCCAAACCCAGCCCUCACCUUCUGCGUGAAGACUCACGACCGGCUGUACUACAUGGUGGCCCCGUCUGCGGAGGCCAUGCGCAUCUGGAUGGAUGUCAUUGUCACGGGGGCAGAGGGCUACACUCAGUUCAUGAAUUGACUGAACGGGGCCCAGCCGCCUGCUGCCCCACCUGCCUCCGGACAGGAAGUCGCGCCCUGGGCUCCCAGAGGCCCAGGAGGGCGGAGCACGACUGGGGCUUUUGUACAAGAAGAGACUCUGUAAUGUUCUGUAAGGAGCUCGUCCUGUGAGUUUCUGAGCUCUGGCCCCCCCAAAAAACCAGCCAGGAGGUAAAAGUUGAGGAGGGGGCUUUGCUGCCUCCUGGGAGCCCAGAACUUGCAAUAGCCUGUUAGGGUCCUGCCCCGGGGCCCCCCCAGGCUGAGGCGCCAUCACAGAGGGGCCCCCCCCCCCCACUCUGACCUGGCACCUGCGCUCCCUGCCUGUGUUCUGUUUUCUAAAGGACACGUUAUGGUACCAGAAUCUGCCAAAGAUCCCCUCUUGCCUCAGCCCCCAUUGCAGGAGCCUUGGGGGCUGAGUAGCGCCACAUCCAGAGUGGGGUAACAGCUCAGGCGGUGUAAUUCUCAAACCCCGCUCUAUCCCAUUCUUGUGCCGCAUUUGUAUUUUUUAUGAUUUUGCUCAAGGACCAGAGACUGAGUGUCAUCCUUGAGGUCCCAGCCCUAGCCCCUUUUUGCAGACCCAUCACCACGGUCACCAUAGUGACUGCUUCAUCGCCAUGGUUACAUACUAAUUGCCAUGGCUCCGUGGCUCAGCCCACUGCUUAGCUGCGGGCCCAUCUGAGGGUACGUGCCAUCAUCUCUCCAGCCCAGGCCCUUGGGCAUCUCCUGCUGGGGAUGGGGGAAGGGACCAAACACCUUCACCCUGCCCCCUGCCUGUGUCUCCAGGCCCUGGUACACAGCCUGCCGGCUCCCCCCUCCAGCCCUCCCCCAUACACUCGUGCCUUGCUUAGAGCCAGAAGGGACGAAGCCGGGAACUGGAGGCCAGAGGAGGAGCCAUCGGAUGGGAGAAGGAGCUAGAAGGACCGUCCUCGGGGUUCUGGUAUAUGGCUGAGUUUCUGAUGGACAGAGGGCUGUUCAGAUGCUCCCUGGAGGAAGUCUUGAGCAGGAGGGGGAGCCCGAGGGUCUGGUUGCCUUCCCCUCAGAAUGGGGAUGAAAUGAAGAGCAGAGGCCCAGGCCUCCAGGUGUCUGGGCUCAGCCCUUUGCGCCUUAACACUAAGCCCACCUCCCUGUCCCCCUUCCCAGCCCUGGACCAUGGUUGCCAGGCCUGGGCUGGAUGUUUUUCAGUAUUUGUAAGCAUCUCAGCAGAACAAUAAAGCAUUUGGACUAUG